GGACCGGCGUCGUCCACGCCUACUCCAUGCCGGUUCCACGGGCUCCCUCUCCGGGUCUUCUCGGCACCCGGCCUCCGUCACACCAGGCGUACUACGCCGCGCCGCAGCCCUAUGCGGCGCCCUACGGGCAGCAGCCGCCGCCAGGCGGGCCGCCGCCGCUGCCCCUGACGUCUGCGCCGUCCCUCCCGCCGGCACCGUGGGACCCGGCUCUCCUGGCGGCUCUCCACACCGCCCCUUCCCCGUCCAGCUACACCGGCGGCGGCGAUUGGUACAUGGACAGUGGCGCCACCGCUCAUAUGGCGGCGUACCCCGGACGCUCGCACGCGGAUGGUGCUCCACCGAUGUGACAGCCCCGACGAGCUCUACCCG